AUGGCACGAUUAAACACAUCUAACCCAACCGUCGUCCGCCAUGGACGUCCGAGUCCCAGUCCCGCAAAGCCAGCAUCACCAUCCUCGUCAUUCACUAGAACCACUACAUGGUCACCUUUAAAGCCAAGGUCCAAGCAACAAACCAAAAAGAACAAUGGGGUUUCGGAAUUCAAGAUCUUCGAAGACGAAGAGCAGUCAGACAACGACGAGGAGAGAAGCGCCGAUCCGUUUAUUGAACCUCAGCAUGCGAACAAAAAAAAGCCUAUGGCGCCGUUGAAGCUCACACAUACAAACUCAAUUACUUCUGGCUUGUCGAAGCGCGCAUCUCAGGACAGUAGCGGUUCUUCGUCAAGAAGGUCACGAUUUGGUAGCGAUUCAGAGGAAGAAGAAAGUUCAGACAAGGAGAACCUCUUUUUUGACAAUGAAGCUGAAGAGGAUCCUGACGAUUCUGAGGAGGAAGGUGAUGACGAAGAAGAAGAUGGAGGAGAGGAUACUGGGUUGCACGAAGAUGCAAACUCAGGAGCAGGUAACGGCGUAGGAAGUGGAAGAAGAUUUGACUCGGAGCCACCAGAAGCCAGCUUCAUGCAGUAUAGAGAGACAAGACGGAAAGAAGAGUCAGAUGAAUCCGAGGUAGAAGUGAGUGACGACUCAGAUGGGUAUAACUCGCUCGAUGAUUUCAUCGUCAGUGACAAUGAAGACUUGAGCUACUUUGAUGAUGGACUUGAAGAGGACGAGGACGAGGAAGUCAAACCCCCCACACCAAAGCCAUCUCGAAGAAGGCUUAUAAGGGGACGAAAACCUCGAACCUCUAGCAUAAGUUCACAAACACAAAGACUUCACAUCUCAAACGAAAUUCACUCACCAGCCUCCACAGCAACACCGCCACAGAAGUCUUUGCACAACGAACAAAUUUCUCUUCAUUUCUCUUCUCCCUUCACACACUUACUUCCCAACGAGGGACUCGACACAGAAAGUGAACCCACAAAGUAUCUCAAACCCAAAAGAAGCCCACUUCGUGAGAGCAUCAACUCUAUCUCAUCAAGUCCUGGAUCAACGAGGAAGCAACAAGUCAACAAAAUGGAGACUCCCCCGUGCAGCCCUUCGAAGGACACACGGCUGUCCCCGUCCAAAAUGACACCCAGAAUACCACCAUCACCUCAUCGUCAGAGCUCUGAUGCGUUCUGGAGUCAGGAACUCACCAACGCCUGGAAUGAUCAGUGGUCACCCCCUAAGCCAAAGACCAAAAGCAAGGCUCUGGAGCGUGUCCUUGCCCUGAACGACAAGGGUAGUUUCAGCACAGACGCUGACAGCGUGACCAUGGGAAAAGCCUCAAGCGUCGACACCCCUGCCAAGAGUCUUAGCAAAACGGCUCUUAAGAAGGCAGAACUUGCUGAAAAGAAGACAGCGGCUGCUCGCAAGAAAGAGUUCAAUGACAAGAAAACCUCACUUGCUAUGAAUUUCUUACUUGAACUUGACAUGGCCACUACAGGAGGUCGAGUUAACGAACUCGCCCAGCCUACAGGAGGAAUCAAGAUUGAGUGGAAGAAAACCCUACGCCGCACUGCAGGACGCGCGACUUGGAAGGUGGUAACAAUUCGAAAGCCAGAUGGAAGAUUCACCUUCGUUCACCACGCCUUAAUUGAGCUUGCAGAGCAUAUCAUUGACGAUGAGUUUCGACUCCUCAACACUAUGGCGCACGAAUACUGCCACCUUGCCAACAAUGUGAUCUCGGGAGUUCGUCACCAACCUCACGGUCCAAGCUUCAAAGAAUGGGGUCGCAAAUGCGUCGAGGCAAUGAAACAGCACCCCGUUUACAAACGGUACCCCAUCGAAGUGACCACGCACCACACAUACGAAAUUGACUACAAAUAUCGCUGGAUCUGCACUGACUGCGGUUAUCAGUAUGGAAGACAUUCCAAGAGCAUUGAUCCAAGCAGAGUGAGAUGUGGACAUUGCAAAGGUCCAUUGCUGCAAACUCAGCCCAAGCCACGAAACGCUUCAGCAAAGAAAAAUACGCCUGUCAGCAACACCGAAAUCAAUCAGAAUGGUGUACUUGGUGAAGAGAACUUUGAUAACAUGUUGGAAAGUCUUGGGAGUGCUCACCUUGGUUGAUGGUCAUGUUGGUUAUCCAUGUUGUGGUGAAUGAACAAUUGGAUUGUGUCUUUUCUUUUAUGGAGUAUUUCUGCAUGAGAUCUGGAGUAUGUCUGAGUAACUACUUGUUUCCUUUUCUUUUUCUAUUAUCAUGAUGUGAAUAUCUCUUCUUGGUUGAUAUUAUCAGGGUGAUGUUUCUACAUGUCAAUGAACGUCGUGAGAACAGCCUUCUUGAAUGAAAUUAUUGAAAGUCUAUUUUAGCAUCCACAAUCUUGAUGAUCAUUACGCGUUAC